AUGCCACAUCGCUCGCUCUACCGCAGCAUUCUAUUUCUCUUUAGUAAUCUCACGACUUCUCUUGACAAAAACGACACUAUAUCAAAAAUCUGUAAUCAUGUUCGGCGACUUAAUCUAGGCGCAUCAUUAGCAAUCGCACCAGGAAUUGUAGAAGAUCGACCGAAACAAACGAGAAGAAACGGUAUCUCAACUGGUAAGAAGGUGAAAUUAGAUCUUGUUACUGCAGCUGAAUGGGCUAGUAGUAGCCCAGUCGUCGGUACUAGCAACGGUGGCUGUGAUGUCAUAACACUGUUUACUAUAAGAUGA